AUGCAACCGGAAAGAUAUUUCAUCAAUAUGAUCAACCGCGAGGACAGUGAACCACACAUCGAUGUGGUUCUUAUGGGGGGAGCACAAGUGGGCAAAACAGCCAUUCUGCAUCGAAUGCUGCAUAUCCCGAACUCCCCAACUUUGAGUGGUAAAUACAGCCCCACUAUUGAAGACUCAUUCAUUCGUGAAUUCCUCGUUGGAACACAGUGUUGCCGCCUGCGUUUGAUAGACACCGCUGGUGGCUACGCAUUCCCUGCGAUGCAACGUUUGUGGGUGAAGAAAGCAUCCGCAUUUGUGUUCGUUUGUGCUCGAGAUGAUCCGCUAGGAUUGGAACAAUUGCGAGGGAUCGGUGCACAGUUGAGAGAGGAACGUGGAAAUGAGCUAAACAAAAUUCCCCGUGUACUGGUCGUUAAUAAGUGCGACUUGCCCCGAGAAGACUGGCUUGUCCAGGAUGUGGAUGUUGAACAUUUGGCAGAUGAAAUGGACAUAAGCUAUCUAUCGAUUGUUUCCACUUCAGCUAUGCUCAACACAAGCAUUAUUCAAAUUUUCAAAGCUCUGUGGAAGCAGAAUGAGGAAGCAGGGCCGGAUGGAAUUCAGUUUGAUUUUGAAACGGAAUCCUCAUUUCUGAAUCGACGAUCUAGUGCGUUUGCCGUCCUAUUCGGUUCGUCAGCUGCACAGAAACGGAACAGUAUAAUUCAGCUAAAUGAUCGCCGGGCAAUAGGAAGACCGCAUGCUGGAUCAUUCAGUGAGGCACUGAUUCGCACAAGACCUGGAGUCGCACAUUCGAGUGGAUCAAGCGCCUGGCUGGCACGAACAUUUACCAAACUGGGCACCAUGCUUGUUUACAAGCCGGUGUAA